GUUCAUGAUGUAAAAUUAGUCCAGCUCUUGAGUUGCUAACUUUAGGGGAAAUCGACUUUCAAGCUGGCUUGGGCGCUAAUCAAAACACCUCCACACGUCUUUCCCUCUCUCUCUAGAAUCUCCUUUUCAAACAUACUCUCUCUCCUCCACCCUUCCACCCUACAACCUUAGGGUUUCAUCAUCCUCACCAAAUUCCAGUUCGAUCGAUCUUCAUCCCAAUGGGCGACGAACCAGUGGUUCCUUCCACGUCUCAACAGCAACAACCUCCACCGCCAACUAAUGCCAACGCCGCUCCGCUUGGCCACAACGUCAUCCCAAUCGUCAACAAGCUUCAAGAUAUAUUCGCUCAACUCGGAAGCUCGUCCACUAUCGAGCUCCCUCAGGUUGCCGUUGUAGGUAGCCAGAGCAGUGGUAAAUCUAGUGUGCUUGAAGCUCUUGUAGGCCGUGAUUUUUUGCCUAGGGGUUCCGAUAUCUGUACGCGCCGACCUCUUGUGCUUCAGCUCCUUCAGAUCAAGCGGAAGCCCGAUGGGACAGAUGAAGAGUACGGUGAAUUUUUGCACGUACCGGGGAAAAAGUUCUAUGAUUUCAAUGAAAUUCGUAGAGAAAUUCAGGCUGAGACUGACAGGGAAGCAGGAGGAAACAAGGGUGUUUCUGACAAGCAAAUCCGUUUAAAGAUUUUCUCCCCUAAUGUUCUUGACAUAACUCUGGUUGAUUUACCUGGCAUAACAAAAGUUCCUGUGGGUGAUCAGCCCUCUGAUAUUGAAGCUCGCAUCAGAACAAUGAUAAUGUCAUACAUUAAGACUCCCAGCUGUUUGAUUCUUGCUGUGACACCAGCAAAUUCAGAUCUUGCCAACUCAGAUGCCCUUCAGAUUGCUGGAAAUGCUGAUCCAGAUGGUUACCGAACAAUUGGUGUGAUAACAAAGUUGGACAUCAUGGAUAGAGGUACAGAUGCUCGUAACUUUUUGCUUGGAAAAGUUAUUCCCCUAAGACUUGGUUAUGUGGGUGUUGUCAAUCGUAGUCAAGAGGAUAUUAUGCUUAAUCGAACAAUUAAAGAUGCACUUGUGGCUGAGGAGAAGUUCUUUCGCAGCCGUCCGGUUUAUAAUGAGCUUGCUGAUCGAUGUGGUGUGCCUCAACUAGCAAAGAAGUUGAACCAGAUUCUGGUGCAACAUAUCAAAACAGUGCUACCAGGGUUGAAAUCACGCAUUAGUGCUACAUUAGUUUCAGUGGCAAAAGAGCAUGCUAGUUAUGGAGAGAUCACAGAGUCAAAGGCAGGCAUGGGAGCUCUUCUUUUAAAUAUUCUUUCAAAGUAUUCAGAAGCCUUCUCAUCAAUGAUUGAGGGAAAGAAUGAAGAGAUGUCCACAUCUGAGCUCUCUGGAGGAGCAAGAAUACAUUAUAUUUUCCAGUCAAUAUUUGUGAAGAGCUUGGAGGAGGUUGACCCUUGUGAGGAUUUGACUGAUGAUGACAUUCGCACAGCUAUACAAAAUGCAACUGGACCAAGAUCUGCAUUGUUUGUGCCAGAAAUUCCUUUUGAAGUUCUUAUAAGAAGACAAAUUGCUCGGUUAUUAGAUCCAAGUGUUCAAUGUGCAAGAUUUAUUUAUGAUGAGUUAAUUAAGAUGAGUCAUCACUGUAUGGUGAAUGAGCUACAGAGGUUUCCUGUUCUGAGGAAACGAAUGGAUGAUGUAAUUGGGAAUUUUUUAAGAGAUGGCCUUCAACCUUCCGAAACUAUGAUUGGACACAUUGUUGAAAUGGAGAUGGACUAUAUAAACACUUCACACCCGAAUUUUAUUGGUGGGAGUAAAGCUGUUGAAACAGCAAUGCAGCUGGUGAAGUCUUCUAAAAUUACAACCACAAAUUCAAGGCAAAAGGAUGCUGCUGAUGACAAAGCACCACAAUCUGAAAGAGGCAUCAAGUCACGUGCAAUUCUUGGUAGACAGGUCAAUGGAAUUGUCACAGAGCAGCAUAAUCAGCCUGGGUCUCGUCCAGUUGGCGAGGUUGAGAAGCCGACAUCUGGAAGCACAAGCUGGGGGAUCUCAUCAAUUUUUGGUGGGUCAGAUAACAACAGAAUGUCCGUUAAAGACAACUCUUCAAGCAAACCAUUUAAUGAACCUGUUCAUACCAUCGAUCAUAUGGAUUAUUCAUCUUCAAUGAUCCAUUUAAGGGAGCCACCAACGGUUUUGAGGCCAUCUGAUGCGAAUUCUGAUCAGGAGGCUAUUGAGAUUAACGUUACGAAAUUGUUGUUGAGAUCUUAUUAUGAUAUUGUCAGGAAGAACAUUGAGGAUUAUGUGCCCAAAGCCAUCAUGCACUUUUUGGUUAACCAUACAAAAAGAGAGUUGCACAAUGUCUUCAUUAAAAAGUUGUACAGAGAUGAUUUAUUCGAACAAAUGUUACAAGAACCCGAUGAAGUUGCCACAAAGAGAAAACGCACCCGUGAUCUCCUCCGUGUCCUUCAACAAGCUUUUCGUACAUUGGACGAAUUACCACUAGAAGCCGAAACAGUGGAACGAGGUUACAGUCUGACCAAUAAGGAUCCGACAGGUCUCCCAACAUCAUCAAUGUAUUCUUCCGGAAGCAGUUCAAUGGACUACACAGCUUCCCCCAAGAAUCAAAGAUCACGUAGCAAGUCUUCUAAUUCCGGGGAAUUGAAUUCCAAUUCCUCCUUUUAUGGGAAUUCAGAAUACUACAACGGGAACAAUCGCAAUUCCCUUCUUGGACUUUACCCAACUUCCGAUCUUUAAACUACACAAACUCAUGCUACAAGUACAACACAAGAGAUAUGCAUUAGAGAUGUAGACUCGUUAUUCUUUUUCUUAAAAUUACGAUAUAGUGCAUUGUUUUAUUAAGCUCCAGUGAGCGAGGUGCUGGGGCGAUUCUGUCUUUUUGAUCAUCCAUAAAUUCCACAUUUUUGAGGAAGUCUAUCGAAUAUCAACUGUUUGGGAAUGUUGAAUUAAUGUACAGUGAUUUGCAUUUUUCGGUUCUUUGUAAUAUGAAUGGGUGUGGGUUUCCUUUUUUUUA